GAUUGAAAAAACGUACCAGGAAGGCCUUUGGUAUACGCAAGAAAGAAAAGGAUACUGAUUCCACAGGAUCGCCGGACAGGGACGGCAUCCUGCCCAGCCCUCAUCCCAAUGAGCCACCUUGCAAUAGCAAACCCGAGAGUGCGCGGGAAGGAGGAAAAAAAUAUUCGAAGAAAACGAAUGGAGCCCCGAAUGGAUUUUAUGCGGAGAUCGACUGGGACAGAUACAAUUCACCUGAGCUGGAUGAAGAGGGAUACAGCAUUCGACCUGAGGAACCAGGCUCUACCAAAGGAAAGCACUUCUACUCCUCGAGUGAAUCCGAAGAGGAAGAGGAGGCGCACAAGAAGUUCAACAUUAAGAUCAAGCCCUUGCAGGCGAAAGACAUCCUGAAGAGCGCGGCGACGGUGGACGAGCUGAAGGCGUCCGUAGGCAACAUCGCACUUUCUCCAUCCCCCGUGAGGAAAAGUCCGCGGCGCAGCCCGGGGACGAUUAAAAGGAAUUUAUCCAGUGAGGAGAUCGCACGGCCCCGUCGUGCCACACCAACACCGGACCCUGCCAGCAAGAGAGUCGGGGAGGACCCUGCCGCGCUGGCCCCGCUCUUCGGGCCCCCACUGGAGUCGGCGUUCGAGGAGCAGAAGCUGGACGCUGCUCUAGACCAGCCAGAGAUAUGGGGCUCGGUCCAGCCGCUCAAUGCAAGCGUCGAGUCCCCAAAGCUACCAAGACCUUUUCCAACUGGAACACCUCCGCCGCUCCCACCGAAAAACGUCCCAGCCACGCCGCCGCGCACCGGCUCUCCCCUGACCGUGGCCAUAGGCGGGGACCAGACAGCAGCUGAGCUCAAAAGUGACAAACUCCCGUCCAUCAAUGACUUGGACAGCAUUUUUGGCCCCGUGCCCUCCCCCAAGUCUGCUGCUGUUAAUGCAGAAGACAAGUGGGUCAAUUUUUCGGAUCAAUCUCCGGAAAACACGACUCCGGAGUUGGUGCCCCAGGAAAAAGCGGGGUCCCCAUCGGCGGCAGCGGGCAGCCCGGCCAAUGCUCCAGCAGCCGAGCCCUCCCGCCCGGUCCCCUCGCCGCUCCACCUGGAAGAGGUUCACAAGAAGUUUUCUGAGCAGCCUCACCUUAAGGAUGAUAACUUGGAGCCGGUUGCCUCUCCCAAAGAUUUUGGGCUGGGACAAAGAGCGACCCCGCCUCCCCCUCCACCACCCACCUACCGGACGGUGGUCUCCUCACCUGGACCGGGCGCCAGCAGCGGCACAGGAAGCACCAGCGGUUCCUCAUCCCCGGCUCGUCCCGGCACACCACUGGCCGCCUGCGGCACCCCUCCUCCACCACCACCCCCGCCCCCCUCCCGGAUGCCUGGAAAAACGGCCGUGAACACCUCCUGCUCUACCUGCUGGCACAGCCUGGCCAUGCUGGCGGCAGACAGUGGUGGGGGCAGCGAUGGUAAAGGCAGAAAAUGGUCCCGGCCUUUUAGCCCUCCUAUUCACUCAUCCAGCCCUCCUCCGAUAGCACCUUUAGCCCGUGCUGAAAGUACUUCUUCCAUAUCUUCCACCAAUUCCCUGAGCGCAGCCACCACUCCCACCGUUGAGAAUGAACAGCCUUCCCUCGUUUGGUUUGACAGAGGAAAGUUUUAUUUGACUUUCGAAGGCUCGUCGCGGGGACCCAGCCCCCUCACCAUGGGGGCACAGGACACCCUGCCCGUCGCCGCUGCCUUCACGGAAACUGUCAACGCAUACUUCAAAGGGGCCGACCCAAACAAGUGUAUCGUGAAGAUCACGGGAGAGAUGGUGCUGUCAUUUCCAGCGGGCAUCACCCGACACUUUGCCAACAACCCUGCUCCGGCGGUGCUCACCUUCCGCGUGCUGAACUACAACAGGCUGGAGCAUGUCCUGCCAAACCCCCAGCUCCUCUGCUGUGACAACACGCAGAGUGACGCCAACACGAAGGAGUUCUGGGUCAACAUGCCAAAUCUGAUGACUCACCUAAAGAAGGUAUCGGAACAGAAACCGCAAGCCACCUAUUACAAUGUGGAUAUGCUCAAAUACCAGGUAUCUGCCCAGGGUAUUCAGUCUACUCCAUUAAACCUUGCAGUGAGCUGGCGGUGUGACCCUGCAAGCACUGACCUCCGCAUUGACUACAAAUACAACACAGAGGCAAUGACCACACCAGUAGCUCUAAACAACGUCCAGUUCCUUGUCCCCGUCGAUGGAGGAGUAACCAAACUCCAAGCUGUGCUUCCUCCUGCUGUCUGGAAUGCCGAACAGCAAAGGAUAUUGUGGAAGAUCCCUGAUAUCUCUCAGAAGUCGGAAAAUGGAGGUGUGGGGUCUCUGCUGGCCCGAUUCCAGCUGUCAGAGGGGCCGAGCACCCCAGCCCCCCUGGCCGUGCAGUUCACCAGCGAGGGGAGCACGCUCUCCAGCUGCGACAUCGAGCUUGUCGGGGCCGGCUACCGCUUCUCUCUCAUCAAGAAGAGGUUUGCAGCAGGUAAAUACUUGGCCGAUAACUGAUAGAAGAUUAUGCAAGUCUAUGGAAAAUAAUAUGGAAAAUACCCAAGGACUGCUGUGCGUGGAACGGGUUUUAAUUACAGUUUAAGGAAAACGAACUAAAUCCUGCACUCGGGACAUUUCUGUUGGAAGUGUCGACAACUUUCAACAUUUUUUUUUCCUUGGAAAACACCGUCUUGACCAGUCCUACAGUAUUUACUUCUAGAUGUAACAUUGUUAAUGGUUUUAAAAUGUAAUUAUUGUAUUUGUAAAUUGUACUCAUUCCAGUAAGGCUGUAUUUUGGCAGUUAGACACUUGAGUUUUAGCAUUUUACCAUUCAUGAAAUGGAUGUAAUUUAAACUGUGGUAUAUAAAUUUAAUAGUAGUACUGUUGAAUGGCACAAUGCUUACAGAGGUAGAUUACAUUUUGUCAAUAUAUACGAUUUAACUACAAUACUGAUAGCUGUUAUGAAGGGGGUGCCUCAUAAAGAGAG